GUCACCUCGCCGGGGCUCGAUGCAGUUUAUGUUGCUUUUUAGUCGUCAGGGAAAGCUCCGACUGCAGAAAUGGUAUGUCCCACUAUCAGACAAAGAGAAGAAAAAGAUCACAAGAGAACUUGUUCAAACCGUUUUAGCACGGAAACCUAAAAUGUGCAGCUUUCUUGAGUGGCGAGAUCUGAAGAUUGUUUACAAGAGAUAUGCUAGUCUCUAUUUUUGCUGUGCUAUUGAGGACCAGGACAAUGAACUAAUUACCCUGGAAAUAAUUCAUCGUUACGUGGAAUUACUUGACAAGUAUUUUGGCAGUGUGUGUGAACUUGAUAUCAUCUUUAAUUUUGAGAAGGCUUAUUUUAUUUUGGAUGAGUUUCUUUUGGGAGGAGAAGUUCAGGAAACAUCCAAGAAAAAUGUGCUUAAAGCAAUUGAGCAGGCCGAUCUCCUGCAGGAGAGCCAGAAUGAAGAAUGGGGAGGUUUGUCUGAGGAUAUCUUAUGAUAAAGAGCCAUCUAAGGCUUUAGUCCCUUUGACCCCCAACUUAUUUAUUGGUAACUACUAAAUUUACCAUUUUUGUGGCAUGGAUAAAAUGGACUGUUGCACGUGAGAUGAUAGCAAGUCCUUGCUUGAUCCAUGGAGAUCAAAUAGUUAAAUACUGGGCUUUAACCCUCAGCAGUAGGUGCAUGAUGGUGUUGAUCGAUGCUUUGAGAUGUGUCAACCUUUCUUUUAUACUAACUACUAACAGCAUCAUUUUUGAAAUUUGUUGGGGGUUUCCUUUUGAGCUUUGUUUGCUGUUGGUAUUGUUUCUCACUAAAGUAACCUGAGAAAUGAAAAAUAAAUGAAGUACCAAUAGCAAGCGUUACACUCAUGAAUUUGCUUCUACUUGGAGAUGAUCCACUUUAUGAACAAUUUUACUGGAUUUGCAGUUGUUGAUCUGCCUCGUCUAGAAAGUGGUGGUGCUCUUUGAAGAAUUAGUGCUUCUAAAAUUGAUUUGUUUUAGUGCUGGGAUUGCAUGAUAUAUCUUAAUACUAUGCAACAUCUUUGUGGAAUUAUUAAUUUAUAAGUCUGUUGGACUGCAUAAAAAUGGAAAGGUAAGACUCGAGAAAAGGUGAAUAAAUCUUUUGUAACUUAAAAUUAUUUUAAGUAAAUAAAUACUUGAAGUAUUUAAUGCCUUUUAAUAUGAAGUUUUGGGGAUUUUUUAAAUUAAAAUCUUGCCAAUUUAGAAUACUUAGGCAUGGUAGUCAAACUGAAGAAUUACUUACAUUGUUUUAAAACAGAUGCUUUCAAAUAUAUACAAUAGUAUUAUUUAACAGGAAAAAGCAUUUUGAAAUAAGCCCUCUUAGACAAAUUCCUGUAAUUCCUUUGUAAUUACCAGUGUUUAUGUUAAAAACCUUUAAGCCUAAAUCUUUUUCUUUUAAAUUGGGUUAAAAGUUGACAAGGCUGUAGUCUUUUAUGCCGGCAUAUUUUCAUUUUUUAUAGUUAAGCUUGAUUGGGGUCUGCUAGAACAAAUUUUGGGUAAGUGAGGUUUAGUUACAUUAAUGCUCAAAAUGGUAAAUACAGAAAGGAGGAUACAGAAAAAAAACAGAAGAGAGAACAAAUCUUGCCUUUCACUUUACUUUUAAUAAGAAACAGGGCAAUAUCUUUGGUCACUGGUUUUCAGGUUGUAAUCAUUUUGCUGUAUAUUUAUGUGUUUUUUUGAGCUGUUUUUAUUUGUCUGAUUUUCAGAAUUUGGAGAAUUCCCUCCUGCUGUUUGAUUUUAACUCAUUUUAAACCAUCUCUUGCUACUCUGGGCUAUUUGUAAUAAUGAAAAGUUGGAAUAACUUAAAAUAGUAACUGUAAAUCUGAUUUUCAAAAGUAUUUGACAAAAACCCACAGAAAUAAAUACAUUUUUAUAUCACAAUAGUUACAUUCACAUAAACCAAAAACAUUUUUGUUAAGUAAUACUCUUACUUAUUUUUGCAAUCUCACAUUUUGUUCUGUUCCACUUUUCAAUGCUCAUUACUAAAUUGAUUGCAUGAGCCCUAGGAUUAGGACCUGCAGAGAGCAUAUUACUAGCUGUCAGUGAUUUUUUUUUUCUUUAAAAUGUACUUUAUGAAAAAUUUCAGGAUUUGAGUUCUUUUUUCUCUAUGGACACAUUAUUUUCUUUUAUUGUGUCCUCUGUUGCCUUUUUUUUUUUUUAAAUAAAAAUUCCAGUUAUAGAAACAUUAACAAAUACAGGCAAAGCACAGUAGAACAUAAUCUUACGCACCAACCAGAGACAAUUAGAUUAACUCAGUGGUUUCCAACUGGGGUCGGGGAGUAUUUGUGCCUCUCCAGGGGACAUUGGGAAUGUUUGGACACAGUUUUGAUUAUCACAGCUGGCGGGGUGGAGCUACUGGUAUCUAGUAGGUUAAGACCACCAAAGAUGCCGCUAAACAUCCAACAGUGACCAGGACAUCCCUCCCAGAACAAGGAAUGAUCCUGCCUCAAGUGUCAGUAGUGCUGAGGUAGAGCAAUCUUGGUGUAAGUUAACAUGGAAUAUGUAAAGAUUCCAUUUAUAGAUUUCAUUUACAUUAAAGAUUGCUACAUCUUUUUAAUGUAAUAUAUAGUCUGGAGUAUAAAAUGGCUAGCUGAAAUGAAUCAAAGGUAGGAGGGGAAAAAAGAGAAAAAAAGAAUUAUGAAAGGAGGGUAAAUGUGCUUGAGAGCACGUAAAUAGCCGUAAAAAUCACCUCUGAUUCACCGAAAUUUUACUCAGUAACCAGUGCCUGGGGAGAUAAUCUAUGGUUGACUUUAGCACCUAACCCACAGCAAAGCUUUUGGGAUGUCACUAUGUAAUUUAAUUUCCUCAAUUACGGAAUCUGUUAAUGUCUGUUAAGGUAAUUGAGUUUUUACCCGGAAACAAUUGAAUAUAUCCUGCAGGCAGUUAGAAAACUUUUGAAUUUUCUGCUCAUUUCCCCAUCCACCUUAGAGAUUUGGUAAUUUCUUAAAGGAGGACUAGUUUAAAUGACCAGAAUUUUGCAUAUAUAGACUUUUAUUGCAUAUAGACUUGGAGGAGGGGGGAGGUUCUACCCAAUUAGCCAUAAAUAAUUUACUUAGUAAAGAUAUUUAGAGUUCGAAUAUUUGAAAUUCAGUGAUUCCAAGAAAUCUUUUAUGUUUGGAAAAUCCUGAUUAAAUUUAGGGCAUUUCAAGUUAUAAUCCAAAUAGAAUAUCAAGGCAAAUAUUAUGCAAUGACCCUAAAGUAUGCUUAAAACUUUCUUUACAGUCUAAAAGUUACAUUUGCUAAUUAUUCUGCUUUUUUAAUUUAAAAAGUACAAUUAACUGCCAGAGAAAGUAAUUUAUCACUAAUGGGUUUUUAGAACAGGGUUUAUUAAGAUGUGGUUAAGUUAUCCCCAUCAUUUUAAGACAAAUUUAUAAAACAAAUAUAAUAGAAGUAUCAGUAGCACAAUUUAGUAGAUGCGAGUAAAUAAUUCACAGAUGAAAAAAGAAACAAAUAGUUCUUUUACCAAGAGUGUAAAUUAAAAUAUCGAUUAGACCUUUUGGUUUGUUUUUUGGAUUGGCAAAGAUGAGAGUGACCCUCUUGUUUGCUACUGUGAGCACUUGUAUUCCGUUUUGGAGGAUUACUUUGGUGAUAUCUAUUAAUGGUUAAAUAUGUACACCUUUGACCCAUGAGUUGCACUUCAAGGAGUUUUAUGCAACAAAAAUAUACAAAUUCACCAAGGCACAUGCUCAGUAUAAUAUCAAGCCAUUGGAAUGUACACAAACAUCUGUCAAUGGGAAAUAGGUUAAGGAAAUUACAGUAUGGCCGUGCAUGAAACUGUUACCUAUAAAAGAAAUGAGAUUGAUUUCUGUGUAAUGAUAUAGAGAAGAUACUCCAGGUAUAUCAAGUGAGAAAAGAUUUUAGAGCAGCACAGUAACUUAAUGGUAUUACCUCCGAAAAAUGUCUGAGUACCCCUCUUUUUCAGAAGUGUAAAACAAACACGUAUUUUAUAAGUAUUUUUAUGUAGAGUUCUUAAUUUGUAAUUUUUUAAAAGAAUGACGAAGUGCUGCUGUGUGAAUGGAGGAGUAUACAUUGUGUUGCUCAGUUAGGCAAAACUAGAAUAGAAUUUGCUAAGAAAGUUUCAGUCCAUAAAGUGAAGCACUUGUGUGCUCCUAUUUUAGAUACUAACCUUCUGGAGCAACCAUAUUGCUAUUGCCGCUCAUUGCUAACUUAAUGUUAAAAAAAAAAAAAAUCACUUAGCUUUCCUAGUUCCUCACAAUUUCUUGUGAAA